AUGGGGCCGACAUUAUUGCGAAGACCGUCGAAGCCAACGGCGUCAUCUCAGGAUGGCGAGCUACAAGUAGCCUUUGCGGAGUUCUCACAGCAUAUGGAAAAGGCGAAGAAGGAGCUAGGCAAAAUACCCCUUCCUCCUUCAAUGGACAAAAUCAAAAAGGUUCUGGGGACCUUUCGUAAAAGCAAAAAAUCGAUCAACCAGAUUCCCGUCGCCACCUUUAUCAAAGAACUCGAAAGGGAUGAUGACAACAUAUGCAGCCUUCUGGAAGCGCCCACCUUUAGCUUCAUACUGGAGAUUGCGCUGCAGAUGGAGGCCGGCAAGGAGGCUGAACGUGGUUUAUUCUUGCUCGCGAAGUCGUUGUUUGAGGAUUCCCUUGCCUCUGAAGACGAGAAGGCACUGGAAGUCAAGAAAGGCGUCAUUGGGGCCAAGUGCCUGCUGCCUCUCCUCGAGUUCUUCCUUGACGAGACAAGUGAUUUUGGCAUGCGCAGAUCAACUGGCUUGCUCUGCAUCCAGCUUGUAUCUGGCUGCGAGGAAAACCGCCUGAAAUUGGACAUGAUGAAGGAGGACACUAGAAGAAGCAUCGGUGCCAAGCUUAUUCAAGAGCCCGAUGAAAUUCUGAAGGUCAUAUGCGCUCACUUGAUCAGGGCCAUAUUUAGAGAGGGCACACCUCUCGAGUCCCUGUUCCCCCUCAAUUACGACGAGAGUCUUUACGCCGAUUUUCCAGAAUCUAGUCAGGGCAAUGCUGGUUGGGGACUACAGUUCCAGCAGUAUAUGGAUAGCUUGCUUACGAGGGUUGAUGAUGUCCCAGACGCAAUUGGCGACCUGUUCUAUGCCAGUGCUGUUCAGUUGUCACCACCAAGACGUCAAUUUGGAGCCAGCCACCACAACGCCAUUCUUUUCAUUGACAUAUACCAGAUGUCAUUCUUGGCUCCAUCGCAAGAGGGACAUUUUGAUUCAACUCUCGACAUUCCUCUCUGUACCAUCAAGACGAUGACAAUUACGAGAGAUGUGGCAUCUCAAGUAGAUUCGCAAUGCAUCACCCUGGAGCUGGAGAAUGACCCAGUGGAAAAAGGCUUUUUGGACUCCAGACCUUCCCUUAUGAACAAAUUGUGGUUCUCAACCCUGACAGCCUGCGUAGACCACCUUCAGGAAGUUAUUGUGGGAGCCAACUCAGAGGUGGAAGUCUACGAUGGAGGACCAUCAGCUGCCGGCCCAAGUCAGCCCCUUUCACAGUCGCAGAAGAUAAAGUCAUCCUACACGCAUUUGACAGAGGAGAGCCCUGAGACCCAAAACUUGGUCCAGCCCAUUGCCGGUCCGAGCACAGAACCCAUCAGAUAUUUGGCAAGCCAAAAAGACUCUCAGCAGAAGAGUCUGCUCAAUGAAGAUUUGCGCGAUCAGAGCCCUUUGGCAAAGAAGUCCAGAAAACCUACUCAGGUAAGAUCUCAGGUGGCUGUUGAGAGCUCCGAUGCAUCCAAUGUGGAUGAUAUAUUCCAUGUGGAUGAUGAUGAAGCACCGCAAGACCCUGUCGAAGACAUUUACACAGCUAGCCCCAAGACUCUACUGAGUAAGGGGUCUGUCAUGAAGACCGCGCCAGCGAAGGUUAUCUCUGCUAUUCCUAGAAAGAAAAAGGUCAAACCAAAGGCAAAGAUACCCAUCGGUCGUCGUGGUGCUGUCAAUCAGCCCACGCAGAGCACUAAGGGCAAGCAAGAUUCUGUUGAUGACGAGAAGGUUGCUGUGAAGAAGCCUGCCUUAACCUCAAGAACUCAGGUUGAAGCCAAGGAAAUGCCUCUUGACACAAGCAAGAAGUCCAAGAAGAAGGCAGAGCCACGAGCGGCACCAGCCGCAGCUGCUAAGAAGGUGAAUGCUUCCGUCAGCCACGCCGCAAAGGUUCAAAAGACCGACAAGAAAUUCGCUCAACCCGCAAAGCCAGCUUCCGCAAAGAUAUACGGCCUACCAAAGCCAGCGCCCCCCAAGGUCCAGCAGCCCGAGUCUCCUGUAGAUGCUUUUGAGUUGCCUGAUGAUGAUGAUGAUGAUGAUGAUGAGUCCGGACCGCCAGAAAGAUCAACCAAGGGGGUGCCAAAGUCAGAUUCAAAGGCUCAAGCGAAGAUGCCUAAGAAAGAUUUGACUACCAAGAAAGACCCCAAGAAGCGGCACUCGGCUCCCGCUGCCUCGCAGAAGCCGGUAACGGAGGCAAGACACAGCCAGAGAGCUGCGGCGUCAAGAGCAAAGGAAAAAAUGCGUGGUGCAGACGAGAGCCAAGAUGAAGACGCAAUGGAGAUGGAAGUGGAAGUGGUAGAGCGGACAAAUACCCUUCCAACCAAGGAAAGGUCCAAAGCCAUUCAGAAUAGCAAGGAAAACGCUCAAGCCGUCGCAAAGCCUCCUCCUAAGUCAGAAAAAAAUGUCACCAAAUCCGCCAGUCUUCCAGUCGCAGAUGACGAGAACGAGAUUAAGCAGCUGCAAGCUGAUGAUUCUAGGGAGCUGGGGUUAUCUCCGAGCGAAUCUAUGGAUGUCGAUCAAGACCAGGCUGAUGAUCUUUAUUACGCUACGCCUCAAAAGCCGUCCCACAAGGCAGAGAUCAAGGGCGCUGCUUUCGAGGCGGCAAGCCUCUCUUUGGCAACUAGCCAGGAUAAAGCUAGAAGUUCAGGUCUUGAUCUUGCGAGUAAGCUUGGUGGCAUCCUCAGUCACCUAGAUAGCGGCUCCGAUCAACACGCGCCUCAGAAAACAUCUGCACAGAAGCCGAUUGUGAUGGAAGACCACAUAACAAACAACAAGUCGAAUGAACCUGAACAAGGCAAGGAUAAACAUAUCUCUGCAUUGCCAAGUACUGCUACCACAGCAAAGCCCACCAAGGAGCCCGACAUCAAGGUAAACCCCGUCCAAGCAUCCUCGCCACAUGGUGCGGGCAUUGGCCUUUCACCAUCCGAGUUUGAUUUUCCACCUGUUCCGUCUUCGACUCCUGCUGCUGUUCACGAGUCUGCUACGACGAUGUCUCUAGUGGACGAAAAAAGCAGGGAAGAGCCCAAGAAAGUUGAUAUGCCUAAUCUGCCCGUUUCUUUCAACAAGUUCAAGCCACAUCUCGUCAAUCAGACCCCGGUUAACUCUUUCAAACAGCCUCUGAAGCCGACCCCGAGAGAGGAUAGCAUCAGAAAAGACAAUGUGGCCGAGAACAGUACCAUUUCGAACCAGCCCGCAGUCGACAUGGAAGAGAAGCCCCUGGUGACUAACCAGCUGAAGAAGCGUAAGGCAACGGAGGCUGAUCCAAUGGCCCCUAAGCGUCGUCGGUCUGAGAAGGACGCAUCUGACCUGCAAACAACUCGCGAAAGCGAUACUGAGUCUGUGCCAAAAUCAGUACACAUUCAACGCAAGGCAGCUGUAGCCGAAACACCUACUCAGGGAAGCUCUGGCGUUAACAAGGAUCUUGAUCGGAAGCCUCGAAUCAUCGAAUUCAGCAGUCGAGGGCCACUCAAUCAAGGUGUUGCCAGUACUGAGGAUAUGCAAGAGAAGCGCGAAGUCGUGGCGGACAACGAGAAUGCAGGUCCUACUGUAAAGCUUCUAGACAGGAAGAGAAAGCGUGCGGCAGCAAAUCUUGCAGUAACCAGCCCGCCCAGUAAGAGGAAAGAAAGCAGUCCUAUGCAUGCGAAUAUUUUGGAUGACAUCUACGACGAGGACACGGGCAACAACGAACAGACCGCAGUUGAGAGUAGCCCUCCAAGAGCAGCAGUGCCUUCAAAACCAGUUCGCCAAAGAGUUCUCCCUCAACUGGCCUCUAGGACGAGCUCACAACCAUCACGUGUCAACAAAAAUGGAAGUCCAAUCGCUGACGGGAGUCCGGUGGAUCACAUGCAGAGGCUGAAAGAAAGAUUGGCCGCUGCCGAACCCAAGGAAGAUGUGCAAGCCUAUAAGACGGUAGCCCAAGUUGAUUCUACCCCUGUACGCGAGCGAAGGCACUCGCAGAUAUUUGGGCCAACUAUAUCUUUGGGAAAUAAGCUCAAGGCUCGGCCUUCAUCACCCGGUGAAGCAAGCAGUCGCUACGUGCCCCAUGAAGAAACAGACCUUGGUGCUUACAACGCUAUCAACUCGAAGCAAGUCAUUGAGCCUAAGCGAAGCCUAGCUGAUCCUUUCUUCGAGAGGCUUCGAAAGCCAAAUAUCUUUAUUGAGCGCCUUUACAGUAGUGCUUCCAAGGAUUACGCCCCAGAAACCGGCAGAUUCCGGUUGCAAGAAAGCAGCGAUGAGUCACUCAGCGCCUUGGUUCGGGGUUCACCUACUGCUCGGGUCCGGGGCCCAGCUGCUGGACGUCGACCCCAGACCGGACAGAUACUUCCUGAGCUUCCACGAGAAGCUAUCGAGACCAAGCCCCGUCAGAAGCAUACCAUCCAUCAAGAGGAAGAGAGACGUCGCGUUAAAAAGAGCCCCGAGAGAAAACGCGGCGCGACCCGACGGCAAGAAUACGAUGACUCGAUGCCCAGUGACAUGACCUCGGCUACAUCGUUGGAUUCGCAUUCCAGUGAGUCGACGAGAACCCCACUGCAAGAAGUAUCUGCUGCAAACAAAACGUGGAAUGUUGCGUUGCGUCCCCACUACAAUACCGUUGGCCAAGCAGUCCAUCGAAUUGCAGAAGAAGUCAUCAUUCGACUAUCGGCAGAAGAGGAUAAGAUGGCUCUUCUCGUCACGCAUUAUCAGGAGAACGGUACCAAAAUUCUAGACGGCAUCGUGAAGAAGCGGGAGGGUGAAAGACAGACCAUGUGCAACAAUCUCGAGGCAAAGAGAGCAGAAAUGGCAACCGCCUAUUCCGAAGCAAGAGACAUUGCCAUGCAGUCUGUAGAUGAUCUUCAGGAGAAUGCGACCAGUCAUUUCGAGAAGGGCUGGCGGCAGAGGCAAGAAUCGAUCCGCAAAACCAUCCGUCAAGGCCGAGAUUCCGACAACUGA